AGAGGCCAAAGCGGCGAGCAGCAGAGAGGCAUCGCCCUAGAUAACGGUAGAAUCGUGGGCUGGUGUCGUGCUGUUUUUUCGCGAAAGUGCUUGAAAACCAAAAGAAACGUAACGAAAUCAUUCGCGAGAAGAAGAAUCGUCAUCCGAAUUAAGAUUGUUUUCUCAUGGUGUGUGAACAGCCGUCUUGAGCCAGUGAUUAUCGGUUUUUCGAGACGACCGAACAAGAGGACCGUGCCCCGAGGAGCUUUGGUGCACCCGCGCCGCGCGAGACAUUCGACCAGUGCGGAAUUUCUGAGCCAGUGAUACGUUCGUUUCGUUUUUAACUUUAUUUCGUGGCUCCAUAUUACUCGGCACCAGUCCACGGAUUCUCUUCAAUUGCUUUCGAUGUGUUCGUUACGCCAACGGGACGACGAACCGAGCAGAACAGGAGUAGGAAGCGAGUAAUCGCCGGAGAAUCUCUGUAGAUUGGGAUAUAGUGGGCUGUGAACAAGGACGGAGAACGGGAAAGAGAGGGAGACAGUGUACGAAGGAGUGCGCGAGGAAGAAAGAGAGAGACGAAUAGAGUGCGACAGAAGGCCAUUAGAUUCAAGGAGUACACGGAUGUAUAUACGUCGAUUGUUCACUGAACAAAUUUAACGAAUAUUUUGAAGACGCAAGAGAAGUGGCGUUGCGUGAAUUAGCAAGAAGAGGGUGGCAAGGUUGAGCGAAGGUGCUCGACUCGAAUAUUCUUCUAGUGGCUCAUCGAUUGCGGUUUCCUUGAUUUCCUGACGCAGGUCUGGUGUAACUGAAAGCAAAGAGGAGCAAAACGUGGCGGAUUCGGUGACCCCUCGGCUGUGACCAGAGGCGCACAGAGAAUUAGGGCAAGGAAAUGCGUGAAUAUAAAAUAGUAGUGUUGGGCAGUGGAGGUGUAGGCAAGUCCGCCCUCACUGUCCAGUUCGUACAAGGAAUCUUCGUCGAGAAGUACGAUCCGACGAUCGAGGACAGUUACCGCAAACAGGUCGAGGUCGACGGUCAACAAUGUAUGUUAGAAAUCCUAGACACAGCCGGAACGGAACAAUUCACAGCCAUGAGGGAUCUUUACAUGAAAAAUGGCCAAGGAUUUGUGUUAGUAUAUUCGAUAACGGCGCAAUCGACGUUCAACGAUUUGCAAGAUCUCAGGGAGCAGAUUCUACGGGUGAAGGAUACAGAUGACGUGCCUAUGGUGCUGGUGGGCAACAAGUGUGACUUGGAAGAUGAGAGGGUAGUGGGCAAAGACCAGGGCGUCAAUCUUGCCCGGCAAUUUAAUUGCGCGUUCAUGGAGACUUCUGCCAAAGCCAAAAUUAAUGUUAACGAUAUUUUCUAUGAUCUGGUACGACAAAUAAACAAAAAAUCACCAGAGAAGAAGAUGAAGCAGAAAAAGAAAUCGCUGUGCCUACUUCUGUAAGGUAGAUCUAGCAGAAGCCUGUACUCUCCUGCAUGAAUAAAUUCACAGAAAAAGGGAAUAAAUUAACUAAUAACCAGCAACAAGUCCGGAUACAACCAACGGAUGAUACAGGGGUUCAGGUGACCACGGAGAAAACUAAAGCUAGCUGACAAGGAGGGGGCUGACGGAAUUAUAAAUAAAUAGACGAAAAAAGGAAAGAUACAUACAAGAAGUCAAAAUAUAAAAUAUCAAGGAGAGGAAAAAAAAUAUAGAAGAUGAAGAUGACAAUGAGAGGCAAAGAAAAGAGUGUGAAAGAAGGAAAGAAUGAAGAAGAAAGUCAGAAAAAAAUAAAACAGAGAAUUAGAGGAGAGAGGGGAGGAUAUAAACAGCGAGUAAAAAAUAUAAAAAAAAAAAGGACUAAUAAUGUUGUACAUACGUUGGUCCCGGGGUGGUUCGUGUGCACGCGCAAAUACAGAGGCGCACAAAGAAUUUUUAGUGUUAACGAGACCCCGCGGCGUCAGUUAUCAUUAUAAUAGGAGUUUUGCAUUAAAGAAAAAAA